AUGCAAGAAGAGUAUGACAGUCAAACUGGCUCACCAGGUUCGUCGAAGAGGAGGCGAUACUCUCGAGUGAGUCGGGCAUGCAAUGAGUGUCGAGUUCGCAAGGUUCGUUGUAAUGGAAGACAGCCGUGUGAGCCGUGUGAGGAUUUUGAAAGACAUUGCACAUUCACAUCUACCAAAGGGCAAAGAGUGGCAGGCGCACCACGCACAAAGAUAUUGGAGGAUCGUUUGCGCCGAGCGCGCAACCUGAUCACCAAAUUUCAGUCACAGAACCCCUCUUCCCAUCUGAAUGCUGAGGUGAAGGGUAUUUUUGAUUCUCCCCCAGCGUCUCCAUCCUCGGCGUCCGAUACUGCCACAGGUGUCACCGACGGGAGUCACGGAGAAUAUUUGGAGAACAUGUUAAUUGGCAAAGGCCUUCUACUCCUAAAUCAAAAAUCCAGCACUUAUUAUGGUGCGACUUCAGGCCUCUCCUUUCUUCAAAAAACCUUACAACUCUUUUCUCAAAACUCCCCUCGUCAUGGAAGCGUCAGCCCUGAACGACCCCAGAGUACCUUGUCAAGUUUAUUCGAGUCUCCGCCUUGGGACAUGCAAAUCAGGCAGAUGGGUCCAUGGUCCCCUGAAAAUCUGCCUUCACGGCGAACCGCUUUAGAGUUGCUGGAAACUUACUUUGGGGAUGUGUUUCUCUUGCUUCAGUUCAUGCACGAGCCUACUUUUCGACAACAAGUAGACCGCAUUUACGACCUUGAUCUGAUAAACUUUGAAGAAUUGGAGCACGACUUCCUGCCUCUAUUCCAUUCGGUGAUGGCUCUUGGCUAUCUGUUCAGUCAGAAAAUGCAUCAAAAUUACGGUUGUAAGGGAGCUCUCCAUCAGGCCAUGUGCCAUUUCAUAUGUGCACGCCGGUUGCUCGAACUCGACCGAGAUCGGGGGAUAUUGGGACUACAGGCUCUAAUAUGCCUUGCCUUAUUCUCAAUCUCAACCUCUAGGCUUGCGACGGCACAAACGCUGAUCGCCCUGGCGGUGUCAACUUGCAUGCGAAUGGGCCUGCAUUCACAGACAUCUUGUAGCGGCUUGACACCGCUUUCUAAACAGGUCAGGAUACGAGCAUUCUGGACCGUUGUCAAGCUUGACAUCUAUAGCAGUAUCGAACUAGGGUUGCCCGUGUUGAUUGAUCUGACGUACGUUGAUCAAAUCAAACCAAGCGGCCUCUGCCGCGACUAUUCAAAAGAAGAAAUUGGAGGGUUUGUUUCGAUCACGAGUCGACGUAUAUUUGCUGCUUCUGCUCAGUAUCUUGAGCUCCUCAUGAUUUUGCGGAAAGUGGUGAAAAUGUUCUUUCCCAAAACCGACGAGGAGGCGGACAAAAGUAACCUGUCCAAGAAUUUAGCCGUCAGUCAUGCCACAAUCGACGAAAUCAAGGAAGAAUUCAAAACCUGGCGAGAAGGACUUGCAGAUGCUUUAGGGCCAUCUGAGGGAUCAGAUACACACAGCAGCAUAAUCUACGAACUGGAGAUGGUUCACAACUACGGGCAUACCUUUCUUUAUCGCCCAUUCCUGCACUAUUUGACGAAAACCAAGAAUGAGAGUCCCCUGGAUGCUCGUCUCCUGCAGUGUGCAACGUCAUGCGUCAAGAUUUCGCGAUUCACGGUGAUCCGAUCGGAGGAAUUUCUCUCACAGGGGCUUCUCGCUCCAGCUUCAUGGCAGUCCAUAUACAUAGUCUUUCUGUCAAUCGUUACGCUAAUCUACUUUCUUGUUACUCAACACGGUAACAGAGAGUACAUGGCAAUCCGAAAGGAAGCAGAGCGCGGCAUUCGACUUCUCCAUGCCACUUCUUGCCUAGAUACAGGGUCGCCAAGAUAUCUAGAUGCGCUGAGAGUA